UCUUCCAGCAAGUUAUAGCUUUGCGUCGUUAUGGCCGCGCGCCGAUGUACCCUCAUUUUUUUUAUCAAUUUUUAAGACUAACUGUACUAAUAUGGAGAAUUGUAACAACUUAACCAGAUUCAAAAAAUAUUGUCUCGAUCGACUUGACUACAUUUACGCGGCUUGGAACGCUUUAAGUUCAUAUUCAGAAAAACUUGAACUAAAAAAUAAAAAUUUGGAAGAAGAAAAGAAAACUUGGGAGGAAGAAAGGAAAAGUUGGGAGGAAAAAAUAAAAAAUUUGGAGGAAGAAAAUAACAUUUUAAAAGAAGAAAAGAAUUUGGCGUACAAAAAACUUGAAGAAAUGACUCUAGUGUUCAACACAUUUAUUAAUCAAGACGUCAAGCAGCGCAACAUUUUUGAAGAAAUUGAAAGUCCAGAAAAUAUAUCAGCAAAUACCUCAACUUCAAUUGAACCCGAGUCACAAAACAACUACAACAAUGUUGCUGGUCCUUCAAAUCAUAUCGAGCUUACUACAUUACAACCACUCAAUUCCAAGCAAUUUCAAGUUUUAUUUCCAGUGUCUCCAUUGCCUCCACGAAUUGAAAAAAGAACUAUUUGGGAUGAGGUUGACGAUGAGGAAGGGGAAAAUAAAGAAGAAAAUUUGGAGGAAAAUGAAGAAAAUUUUGAAGAGAAGGAAAAUUUGGAGGAAGAAAACGAAGACGAUUGUUGGUAAU